AUGGCCAUUGACCGACAAGGCCGGUAUAUGGUGUCGACGGGCCAGGAUCUCAAGAUGAAUGUGUGGGAUAUUCGGAUGUUCAGGGAGGUUCACUCCUACUCGUGCUACCAGCCGGGUGCAUCGGUCGCCAUCAGUGACCGCAACCUCACAGCCGUCGGUUGGGGUACGCAGGUCAGCGUGUGGCGCGGCUUGUUCGACGCCGCACUGGCCGACCAAGGCAAGGUGCAGAGCCCGUACAUGGCUUGGGGCGGCGAUGGCCAACGCAUCGAGAACAUGCGCUGGUGCCCGUUCGAGGAUGUGCUGGGUGUGACGCACGACAAGGGAUUCGCCAGCAUCCUGGUGCCCGGCGCUGGCGAACCUAACUUCGACGCCCUCGAGGCCAACCCGUACGAGAACACGCGUCAACGCCAGGAAGCGGAAGUGAAGGGUCUGCUGCACAAGCUGCAGCCCGAUAUGAUCUCGCUGGACCCCAACAUCGUCGGAAAGCUGGACACCAUCAGCGACCAGAAGAACCGGGAGGAGCGCGAUCUCGACCGUCGGCCCGAAGACCCCAUGGAGAAGCUCAAGAACCGCGGUCGCGGGCGCAACAGCGCCCUACGCAAGUACCUGCGCAAGAAGGGCCGUCGCAACGUCAUCGACGACAAACGUGUCAAGGCAGAGAUGCUGCGCAAGGAGCAUGCGGCGCGCGCGAAGAACCGACUGCAGAACGAGCGAGAGGAGCUGGGGCCUGCCUUGGGACGGUUCGCCAAGAAGGAGAUAUAA